AUGGCUACCGAUCAGAAGUCUUCCUUUUUCAUCGAUUUCAUGAUGGGCGGUGUUUCCGCCGCCGUGUCCAAGACUGCCGCUGCUCCUAUCGAGCGUGUCAAGCUCCUGAUCCAGAACCAGGACGAGAUGCUCAAGCAAGGCCGUCUUGCCAAGCGUUACGACGGUAUUGUUGAGUGUUUCAAGAGAACCGCUGCCGAGGAAGGUGUUGUUUCUUUCUGGAGAGGAAACACUGCCAACGUUAUCCGUUACUUCCCAACCCAGGCUCUUAACUUUGCCUUCAAGGACAAGAUUAAGGCCAUGUUCGGUUUCAAGAAGGAUGAGGGAUACUGGAAGUGGUUUGCCGGUAACUUGGCCUCCGGUGGUUUGGCUGGUGCCACCUCUUUGUUCUUCGUUUACUCUUUGGAUUACGCCAGAACCAGAUUGGCCUCUGACGCCAAGGCUUCUAAGGGUUCCGGAGAGCGUGAGUUCAACGGUUUGUUCGAUGUUUACAAGAAGACCUUGGCUUCCGAUGGUAUUGCCGGUUUGUACCGUGGUUUCCUUCCAUCCGUUGUCGGAAUCAUUGUGUACCGUGGUCUCUACUUCGGUCUCUACGACUCCUUGAAGCCAGUUGUCCUUGUUGGUCCUCUUGAGGGUUCUUUCUUGGCCUCUUUCUUGUUGGGUUGGACUGUUACCACCGGUGCUUCCACUGCCUCUUACCCAUUGGACACCGUUAGAAGAAGAAUGAUGAUGACCUCCGGUCAAGCCGUCAAGUACAAGGGUGCCUUUGACGCCUUCACCAAGAUCGUUGCUGCCGAGGGUGUCAAGUCCUUGUUCAAGGGUUGCGGUGCUAACAUCCUUAGAGGUGUUGCCGGUGCCGGUGUCAUCUCCAUGUACGACCAGUUGCAAGUCAUCCUUUUCGGAAAGAAGUUUAAAUAA